CUGACGUGUAGCGGACACACCCGACCCGUCGUUCACCUCCAGUUCAGUCCCAUCACAGACAACGGCUUUUAUCUGAUCUCCGCCUCCAAAGAUGGAAAACCAAUGCUUCGUAAGGGAGAGACCGGUGAUUGGAUCGGCACUUUCGAGGGACACAAAGGUGCCGUUUGGGGCGUUGCGCUCAAUAGCGAUAGCCGACGGGCGGCCACCGGCGCCGCCGACUUCUGCGCCAAAAUAUGGGACGCAGUGUCGGGACAGGAGUUGCAUAACUUAAGUCACGCACAUAUCGUUAAAACCGUUGAUUUCAGUUCAGAUGACAACCAUUUGGUGACCGGAAGUAACGAUAAAUUGCUCCGCGUUUACGAUCUCAACCAAAUAGACUCAGAUCCCAUCAAAUUUAAUGGUCACUCAUCCGCUAUACGACACGUUUUAUUCGCAAACGAUUCCCGACUUAUUGUGAGCGCUUCGGAGGACAAGACUAUUAGAUUUUGGGACAAAACAUCGCAACAAGAGAUUAAGAAAUUAGAUUUCAAUACAAUUCCCUAUAGUAUUGAACUCUCGAAAGAUUCCCAACUAUUGUCCAUCUGUUACGGCAAUUACGUCCAGUUUUUGGACAUGAAUUCCAUGGAAACGAUCAAAGAGUUUAAGAUUCCGACGCAAGUGUUGUCCUCAACACUACAUCCGGACAAAAGUGUGUUUGUCUGCGGAGGAGAGGACUUCAAAAUGUAUAAAUACGACUACAAUAACGGCAAUGAA